CUCAAGUUUGUACCCUUUUAACAGACAUAUCAGUGAGUAUGUCAUCCACUCCGGAGAACAAGACAAUAACACUCCACUUCAAGCUUACAGGCGGGAAACCCUUUGUAUUGGAAGAUGUCAGGUCGGAUAUUACUGUAGCAGAGCUCAAGCGUCUAGCUUCUCAAUCUGAACAUUGCUCAAUACCAGCGGUUCAGAUGAAGAUAUUCUACAAAGGUAAGCAUUUGCAGGACGAUGAUACCUUAUCUACAAGGAAAAUUGUGACUGGGAGCACAUUGUUACUGAUCAAAGGCCCCAAGCCGGCCAAUAGUGAUGAUGUUAACAUGGAAGUGGCUCAAGAGGCGUCCACAUCGUCGUCAACUAUAGCAGCCGCAGCAACAGGUGCUGCACCCGUACCAUGCCAGGGCGGGUGUGGAUUCUUCGGCAAUCCUGAUACCAACAAUUACUGUUCCAAGUGCUGGAAAGAUCUGAAGGAAAAGGAAGAGAAAGAGAAGGAAGAAGCGGAAGAGAAGGCUCGUCUAGAGGCCGAAAAAGUUGAUGAAUUGGUAGAGGCAAGUGACGACCGGCCAGUGCAGAGUGAUGUUAAUCGGUAAGGGCAAGGAGGGAGCCGCUGGCGACUUAGCUAUGGUUUAUGAGUUGUAUGGGUCACGAACAGCAUACACCACCCUGGUAUCACGCAGUUCUUGAGCUCGAGUAUUCCAUCAGGUGCUGGACAUGCGGGAAACGCAUCGGUCUCACUGGUGUUAGAUGCCGCUGCGGUUAUUAUUUCUGCUCAACACACAGGUAGUAUUAAAUACACUCACUUGAGACAGUGGAGUGGCCUCUGCAUGAACAGAUAUGCGGAAGCUCAUCAAUGCGAUUAUGAUUACAAGACUAACGAGCGUCGAAAAUUGGCAAAGGCAAAUCCUGUUGUCAUGGCAGAUAAAUUGGAUGAUAAAGCUUGAGCCCUGAAUGUAUUAUCUGUCUCAUAUCACUAACAGCUUGAAGUUUUUUUCUGGCUGUUGGCACUAGU